AUGCAAACUGCAAUGCCUCUUAAUAGGCAUAGCAUGGGUCUCACCAACACUGGGACUGUAAAGACUAGAGAUUUUCCAUAUUAUGAUUUUAAAGAAUUACAAAGCCAUUCAAUGUCAUGGGCCGGUCAUUCUAUAAAAUUCAUGGGUCUCAAAUCUGAACCUGGACGAAAUGAAAGUACUGCUGCUCAGUCAUGUAUUCAAAGGAAUCUACAGCUGCGAAUAGAAGAACAAGGGAGAUGCCUCCAAAUGAUGUUCGAGAAGCAGUGCAAGUCUGGUGUUGACCUGUUCAAGGCCUCAUCACCCCCCCUGGACAACCCCCGUGCUCAGUUAACGGAUUCAGCCCAAAAUUCCCCUACCAAAAAUGAACCGGGGCCCUCACAGGAGGACCAUCACGAAACAGGAAACGACCCAGUGAAUACCAUCACAGUAUCAGAGGAUGGUUGCCAGAAGUUGACUGGAAAGCAAAAGGUGCCUGGAACCAAACCUUCUGAUGAUGUAGAGGCAAAUGUUGUUGGUGCAACUAACUCGCCACCCUCCAAGCGUGCCAAAGUGAAUGAAUAAGCCCAAAAAUAUAGCAAAUCCUCUUAAAAACUGACAAGAUUACAUGGAUAAAUUGAAUGUCUGAGUAUAACAGGGAGAGUAGACAGGUGAGGAGCUCUGAAACUCUUACAUCCUCUUCUUUUGAAUUGAAUUCUUAUGGGCAGUGAGCUUGUGCUCUUCUUCAGUUUUAGUGAUACUCAAAUUCUCUCGAGUUUCGGAAUUAUCAGAUUUAGAGUCACAUCUGAUCUCUGUAUUGAGUGAGAAUGAAUGUCAAGGGAUUUUUGUUGGAGAAUGAAACAUCCUUUUUUGCCCUUGUCUUCUGUGAGUAUGCACUGCUUAGUUCUUAACAAUUUUCUCACCCAUGAGAUUUA